GCACGGCUGUCGUCGGUCCCCGUGGGCGUGGGCCGCUCUUGCAGCGCGCAUCCUUGCGGGCCGGGAAGUGCGGCGGCAUGGAGCCGGCGGCCGCGGACUGGGGGCCGGAGCUGGCGGCGGGAGCCGACCCGGAGCUGGCGGCCACCAUGGGCUUCUCGGGCUUCGGGAAGAAGGCGCGGACCUUCGACCUGGAGGCGCUGUUCGCGCAGACGCGCAGGACGGCGGCGGAGCGCAGCAGGAAGGUCCUGGAAGCUCGUGAAAGAGAGGAGGAAGAAAAAGAAUUUAAAGGCCAAUGUGAUGAUUCAGCAGCUUCAGGCUCAAAUGUGGUGAGCGCUGGUUCUGCAGUAACUUCCAGAGAUACAGAUAGUAAUGAAAGUGAAGCUAGCUCAGAUGAAGACUUAAUUGGUCCUCCUGCACCAUCCCAAACUGCUAUUCAAGGCCCAGCGGUGUGUUCCGAUGAUGAUGAGGAUGAAUUAAUUGGACCACCACUUCCACCUGGGUACAAGAACAGUGAUGAUGAAGAGGAUGAUGAUGAUGAUGUGCAAGAGGAAGAUAAUAACCCUGUUAAGAAAAUUCCGGAUUCUCAUGAAAUCACACUCCAGCAUGGGACAAAAACAGUUUCUGCUUUGGGUUUGGAUCCCUCGGGUGCCCGUUUAGUAACUGGAGGCUAUGAUUAUGAUGUUAAAUUUUGGGACUUUGCUGGAAUGGAUGCAUCUUUGCAAGCUUUUCGAUCACUCCAGCCUUGUGAAUGUCACCAGAUCAAAUCUUUGCAGUAUAGCAGCACAGGAGAUGUCAUUCUUGUCGUCUCUGGUAACUCUCAAGCUAAAGUUCUUGACAGAGAUGGCUUUCCAGUAAUGGAAUGCGUCAAAGGUGACCAGUACAUAGUGGACAUGGCAAACACCAAGGGUCAUACAGCAAUGCUUAAUACAGGUUGUUGGCAUCCCAAAAUAAAGGAAGAAUUUUUGACUUGUUCCAAUGAUGGAACUGUGAGAACAUGGGAUGUUAACAAUGAGAAAAAGCACAAAGGUGUGUUUAAACCACGGUCUGUUCAAGGCAAACGGGUGAUUCCUACAACUUGCACAUACAGCAGAGAUGGUAAACUUAUUGCAGCUGGCUGCCAGGAUGGCUCCAUCCAGAUCUGGGAUAGGAAUUUGAAUGUUCACACAAAGUUCCACUGCAGGCAGGCACAUGCUUCAGGCACUGAAACUUCAUGCUUGACAUUUUCCUAUGAUGGUAUUGCCCUUGCCAGUCGAGGAGGAGAUGACACUUUGAAAACAUGGGAUAUCAGACAAUUUAAAAAGCCUCUUCAUUCAGUUGAUGGCCUGCCCACCUUUUUCCCAAUGGCAGAUUGCUGUUUCAGCCCAGAUGAUAAGAUACUUGUUACAGGAACUUCUGUGAAGAAAGGAGGUGGCAAUGGGAAGCUUAUUUUCUUUGAACGAGAGACAUUCCAGAAGGUGUAUGAAAUAGAUGUCACAGAUGCUAGUGUUGUGCGUUGUCUUUGGCAUCCCAAGCUGAACCAAAUCAUGGUUGGUACAGGAAAUGGAUUGGCUAAAGUAUACUAUGAUCCCAUCAAAAGUCAGAGGGGAGCAAAAUUAUGUGUGGUUAAAACCAAACGGAAAGCUAGACAAGCAGAGACACUUACACAGGAUUACAUUAUAACACCUCACGCCCUUCCAAUGUUCCGUGAACCACGACAACGAAGUACGAGGAAACAGCUGGAAAAGGAUAGAUUGGAUCCUGUGAAAUCUCACAAACCAGAACCUCCAGUAGCAGGACCAGGUCGUGGUGGCCGUGUUGGAACACAUGGUGGUACCUUGUCAUCAUAUAUAGUCAAGAAUAUUGCACUGGAUAAGACUGAUGAUAGCAACCCUCGAGAGGCUAUUUUACGUCAUGCAAAGGAAGCUGAGGAAAACCCAUACUGGGUUGCGCCAGCGUAUUCUAAGACUCAGCCAAAGACGGUUUUUGCAGAAGUGGAGCAAGAAGAAGAUGAAACAGACAACAAACCAGAAUGGAAGAAACGUAAAAUUUAAAUACCUUGGUUUGAAGGAAGAUGACACAGGAUUUGAGACAAAGUAGAGAGAUAUUUUUGCUGUGCUCAAAGAGCUUACAUUUUUACAAAUAAAUUCUUGUAAUACGUUGAUCUGCUGUUUGCAACUAAAAGAUGAUUGUUACACUGAGUUGCAUUGGAAUUGUUAAUCUGCAUUUUGCAAGAAGGAGGUAAUUAUAUUAUAUAACAAGUUAUCUAUCAGUUUCUUAGUUUUAUAUUUUAAAAGAAAAAUAUUUGUGCUCAUAAUGUAUAACCAGAAGAGAUCAUCUGGUUAAUCAACGUAUUUCCAUAAAGAUCCUUUUAAUUAAUGCUACCAUUUGAGAUGUGAUAUCAUAAAGAGUUUAAGUAAGAAAAUAAAAGGUCUGUAGUUUCUAAGUCAUCUUUUAUUCAUUUCAAUAACACCUAGUAUGUUACACAAAAAAUAAGCAAAGUCAUGGAUUAACAUUUUUUAGGCAUACCAUUUUAAAAUAAUUUACAGAUGUCAGAUUUGUUUAGCUGAUGUGCUAGUUUUCUCAAACUUUUUUUGCGUUUACAUUUUAUUUGAAAGAUAUUUCUAUUGAAUUUGUGCAAUCUCACAAUUUUUUUAGUAAUAAAGAUUUUAUUUUUAAGUCAUAUUGAGUUAGGACUGCACAAUUACAUUUUGUUUAAAAAUAUUGUGCAUUGAUUUUGUUUUGCUAAUGUUACAUGGCUAGAAACAUUAAAAUAAUGUUUGUUCAGGCCUCCAGCCCUAUUCCUAUGUACUGACAGGCAGUAACCCCUUACAGAGAGUAUACGUAUGUUAGGCAGUAUACACAUACCAUUAUGUUUAUGGUGUUCGUAGGCUGUGUACAUACUGGCUGCCAGUUUCUUUCUGAAGGGCGAUACUGAUCGUUAUAAAACGGUCAUUUAAUUGUUGAAAAUUUUAGUUUUUAAUAUUACGUGGCUGUGGCAAAUGUUACAAAGAGGAGAAGGAAAGAGAUGGGGUGGUCUUUAGUUUUACGUAAUUGAAGCCCAGAUUCAGCAAAGCACUGGAGCACGUACUUAACCUUAAGCAUGUAGUUAUGUCAUAGAAUCAUAGAAAAUGUGGGUUGGAAGGGACCCCAGGAGGUCAUGUAGUCCAACCCCUUGCCAAAACAGAACCAUCCCCAAUUAGAUCGUCUCAGCCAAGACUUUGCCUAGCCAGGUUUUAAAAACCUCCAGGGAUAGAGAUUCCACACAGCCUUUCUGGGUAACCUGUUCCAGUUCUCUACUAAGUUCCUGGUGAGAGAGUUUUUCCCAAUAUCUAACCUAAACUUCUCUUGCUGCAGCUUGAGACUAUUGUUCCUAUGUCCCAUUGAAGUUGAGGUGUUUGAUAGUCCUUUGUACUUUGACAGUGAUAGCUCAUUAUAAUUGCUGCUGCUAUUGGAUCUUUUCGGUACAAAAGCCUAACUAGGGGUUACAAUUGUGAUCACUUGUCCAAAAUAACAUGAAUGGGAAAGAGGGAGAAACAGAAAGAAGGGAGCAGGUAACUGCUAGGAAUGCAGGUAUGAGUGGAAAGCAAACAUAGUUGUUAAUUAAUAGCAUCUAACGAAUAGCUCCUUGUGAUGUUCCCCACAGCUGGUAUCAUUCUUUAAUAAGCAAUUAAUGUAUAUUAAAACAUUGUAUUAAUAUGAUUGUAUUAUCUCUCUGAACAAGAUUAUCCAAGAUUUAAUUAGUCUUCCUGAUCUUUAGUUUGAACGCAGGAUAACCUACUGAUUUUUAACAUCACUUGGAAGCAUUCCAUGAAGCCAGAAUGGGUUACUACAAUGUUAGAUAGAGCUAGAGGGGAAAGACACACAAUGGAAAAUGCUGCUACUAUUCUCUGAGUUGACAGGAAUAAAGAAAAGCUAACACAAUCUCCUCUUAUGUUAGUUUAUCAAGUUAGUGGCCCAAAUAAUAUUAUUUAAAUUAAGUUACUUACAAACUAUUAUUUUAUUCUUUUAGAAAUUGCUUGAUAUUCUAUAUUUUAAUUUGUAUUUCAUGAAAAUGUAUGUUCAUUCUUCCAUAUUUCAUUUGGAAUGUUUCACUCCAUUUUAAAAGGUCAAAUAAUUCCUGUUUACAAUAAUUUAUUUCAUUAUCAUCAUGUGUGGCCUCAGUUUAUCAGGGUAAAGCUAGGGGAAUAAUUUAAAACAUCUUUUCGCAAUCAUUAUUCAGGUUUUCCAGACAAAUAUGCUUUACCUGUACUUGCAUUCAUAUUGGUUUUAUUUUUCAGAGACUUGAACAUCAAAUUUACUGGUAAGCACACUGACCAAAAAAGCAAGUUUUAAUAUAAGCAGAUUUUAUUCUUUUAACCACAAAUAAAAUAUUGGGAAUUUGAUAGUAAAGAAUGAUCCAUUUGGGGGAAAGAAACAAACUAUUGCCAGUCAAAAAAGCUCAAAUUUUGAAUGGCAAGUUCUUUCAACAACCAUUUUAAGUAUUCUAGCAGAAAAUAAGUUAAAUUAGUUGAUUUUUUUGUUAUUCUUGUAGAAGUUUUGCCUAGAUGUGCUCAAGCCAGAAGGUGCCAAAUCCAGAUUGGUUUUCUCUAAUGUAUUCCUACCCCAACGGUACUGCAAAAUAUGUGGCAAAGUCUGGCAGGUAACUGGAUGUCUGUGUCAAACCUGUUUGUGACAUCACGAAGAGAGGAAGUCUUUUGUCUUAAAUAAAUCAGGUAGUUUGUCAUUCA